AAGAUGGUGGAGUGCGCAACGAUGAGUUGACUGAAAGUUGACCAAAGUAAAAACCCUUUCUUUCCCUUCUUCAACGAAAUGGUCGGAAACAUUUUGACACUAUUUCACCUGAGAACACGACCCGCCCUUUUCAAAACCGCGACUUCCUGAUAUUGCCACACUCUCCAUCUCUGUUUUUAUUUUAUUACACUUUUCUCAAUCUCAAUCUCCAAUAACUUCUCACGGAUUCCUCAGAAAAAACAAAACAAAACAAAAACAAAAAAACCAAUCCAAGUAAGUUUUGGGGGAAACUUCCCUGUUCCCAGAUCCAAAACGGAAUCAGAGAUCUCGAUUUAACUUCACUUUGAAUGGCAACCUAUUGAAGAGCUUCUUCUCAGCUUCUUGAAUGGCGAUUGAGCGGAAAGGCAGGUUCUUUUUCAUAUUUUUUCUAUUCAUUUUUGCUUUUCCCCAUGUUUCUAGGGUUUUUGUAUGUAGUUCCAACUCCUUUGAGCAGAAUCAAUCUGAAAUUGAAGUCCCUUUUGAAAUCAAACAGUAUGAUUUACUGAAAAAUCUCGAAGAGUUAGUGAGAAACCUUAGCGAUGUAGUUUCUAAGUUGGAGUUGAGGUUAUCUGAUAUUCCCACGGCGGUGAAUAGAGAGAAACUGAAUAUCGAUGCUUCCAGACGGGUAGUGCCUGAGGUGGGGAAAGAGAAAGGGAAAGGGAAAGAAGAUGAUCCGAAUGAUGUUGGUUUAGACCAUAAAAUUCAAGAUGGGGGUAGGACGAGAGCUGUUUCGGUGACCAAAUAUAGUUCAUUUUGGUCUGAAAGGUUUCACUUUUUGUCUGCUGUGAAACUGGAGUCUGAUGCUACUUGUACCAAUGUCUUGCCUCUUAGGGAUUUUGAGGGGAAUAGUAAGUAUGUUGCGGUUGGAGAUGAGAGAGGGAGAAUUUACGUGUUUGUGAGAAAUGGAGAUGUUGCCAUUGAGCUUCCUACGGUGCCUGGAUCUCCCAUUACGGCAAUGCUGUCGUAUAUGUCAAUUUAUAAGAAUGAGACCCUUUUGGUUACUGGGCACAAGAAUGGGGGGAUCUUGAUGCAUCGGAUUUGGGAGGGAUCCAAUGGGGAGGAUUUGAAUUUGAUUUUCAUGGAACGUGUCGUGGAAUUUGUGGCCACCGACAGUCGGGAAGACGAGUCACAGUCACAGAUUUCUCUAUUGGAAUUGCAUCAUGUUGGAAGGACUAGGUACAUUCUGUCUUCAGAUUUGAGGGGAAAGAUCAAGGUUUUCAAAGAAGAUGGUACGGUUUAUGGUUCUGUCAUGCCUACAAGUAGGCCGAUAGCAUUCCUGAAGCAGAGGCUUUUGUUCUUGACAGAAAGUGGUGCAGGCUCAUUGGAUUUGAGAAGCAUGAAACUUAGGGAGUCGGAAUGUGAGGGAUUGAAUCAUUCUCUUGUUCGGAACUACGUGUUUGAUGCCACAGAGCGAUCUAAAGCCUAUGGUUUCACAUCAGACGGUGAUUUAAUACAUGUUUUGUUGUUGGGAGAUAUAAUGAACUUCAAAUGCAGGGUUAGAUCUAAACGGAAGUUUGAGCUUGAUGAACCGCUUGCUUUUCAGACAAUUAAGGGUUAUUUGCUUGUGACUAGCAAUGAGAAGGUUCAUGUUUUCAAUGUGUCAUCUCACCAUUAUGUUCGAGUGGGUGCACCAAGGCUUCUAUUUUCGGCUGGUUUAGAUGAAAUCAAAUCAUCUUUUCUAAAUUACCAGAAUUUGGAUUUAGAAUCUGAAGCAAACUUUUAUAUACCCUUAAUAUCCAGUGACCGUGAAAAGCUUGUGGUUCUUGGACUCGGGGGUGGAUACGUAGGAAUGUAUCGCUCUAAUCUUCCAAUUUUUAAAGGAGAGUUCAAUACAAUGCUCUGGACAAGCCCUGUUCUGUUUUUCAUACUCUUUCUCUUUGGAGCUUGGCAUUUCUUUGCCAAGAAGAAGGAGGCCCUCACAUCAUGGGGACCCGAUGACCCUUUUACUGCCACUUCACCAACGACUGGAGCUCCAAUGGGAACUGGAUCCAGCGAGCGAGCAUCUUUCAUAGACACUCCUUCAAGAAGCACUGAUGUGAUGGAUCUCAGAGGUGGUGGUGGCCUAAGAGGACCAGCACGCCGUUAUGGUUCUCCCACGGGCUAUCCAGGUGGGGCAACAAGUUCCUUUAGGCCAGCUACGACAAGCGACCAUAGCUCGAGACCGGCUGCUGUUGAUCCAAAUUAUCGAGCAGCUUCGGAGCUAAAAUUCAGGGGCUCACCUCUAGAACCUCCCGGAUUUCCGAAACGACGGGAGCCUCUAUUUGCAAACAAUCAAGUGGUUAAUCAGGUGGUAGAUGAUAGCAAUUAAAAGAGGGGUGAUUAUCAACUACAAAUCUUUGCUUCGAAGAGUUUCAAGUUCCUAAAUCCUAAUUACUUCUUUUUUUAUUUAUUUAAUUCCCGACUGCUUGUUUGCUGAUAGAUAUGAACAUGUUUGAUCUCAAAAUAUAUCUCUCUUCUUUGUAGCUGCAUGCAAAAAAAAGGUAAAAUAUAGUGAAAUAAUGCAAUCUUAUUUUGAAA